AUGUGUGACUGGGCCCCUCUUGUGCGCCAACGGAGACACUUUUCCACGGGGGACUCCACGAAGACGAGUGGAUGGCUGAAGGCAACGCGGAACAUAGGAGUGUUCGCUCACGUUGAUGCGGGCAAGACAACUACUACUGAGCGAAUGUUGGUGCAUGCUGGGGAGAUCAGGGCUCCAGGGUCGGUCGAUGAGGGCACGACUCAAAUGGACUAUAUGAAGCAGGAGCAGCUACGGGGUAUCACCAUAAGGGCCGCGGCGACGACCUUCGCUUGGAAAGGGUAUAUAGUCAAUCUAGUGGACACCCCUGGUCACGUGGACUUCACAGCGGAGGUCCAGAGGGCUGUUAGGGUACUCGAUGGUGCUGUAGUAGUAAUAGAUGGUACGGCGGGGGUGCAGGCCCAGACUCGUACAAUAUGGCGACAGACUGAGCAUUUACCGAGGCUUAUCUUUGUCAAUAAGUUGGACCGUGAAGGCUGCACGUAUAAGAUGAAUAUGAGCAGUUUGAAUACAAGGCUGCCGCCCAGCAAGGCCCGGCCAUUGGCAAUACAGUAUCCCUUGUGGAAGCCACGUGGAGCCCUACGUGCAGUCGUGGAUCUCCUCACCACCAAGGCCUACUCGUUCGAGGGGAAGCAUGGUAGGUCGGUGGUAGAGGAUACUAUUAGUGAUGAUGAGCUGACGGAAGUGAUGGAGGCUAGGAAUGAGCUCCUUGAGACCCUUGCAAUAUUGGAUGAGGACUUCGGCACAGCAUAUUUGGAUCGAUCGGAGGAGGACCCCGCGAUAGUUGCGGAUGCAGUCAGGCGUCAGUGCUUGCAGAGGACCAUAUCGCCGGUGGUCUUCGGGUCGGCUCUCGGGAAUCAGGGCAUACAGCAUUUGCUUGACGCUGUGGCUCUGUACUUGCCCAAUCCCAUUGAUGCCCAUGUAGCGAGGCCAGAGCACGUCCCCGAUCCUACGGAGACCGGGGUCCUAAUGGAGGCUUUCAAAGUGCUGCCACCAAUGGGGAGAGAGGAGAAGGAUAACAGCAAUAUAGUCUACUGCAGGGUCCUCUCUGGCGUCCUCAAAGGCCGGGCUGCAGUGACGAAUCAAACGCGGAAGGCUAGAGGGAAGGGGAAGCUUGUUGAGAACAUCCGGGAGGUAUUCCAUCCGAAGGCGUCUGAAAUCGAGCCUUGUAAGGAGCUCAGAGGUGGAGAGGUCGGGGUCGUGAUUGGAUUGAACAACGUGCGUAGUGGGGAUAUCCUCACUAGCGGCAGUGCCGAACAGCUGAAGAAGUUGUCGCUCGUGAUAGCCAGUCGCAUGAAGGAUGCCGCUGCCCAUGCACCAAGCUGUGUGUGCUUUGCUCCCUUCACCACCCCGACCCUACAGCAGGACCAGGAGUUGAUCAAGGCACUGGAUCGGAUGAUGCUUGAGGACCCCAGCAUUGAAUUCCGAAAAGACAAGUCAGAGCAGAUUCUAGUAUGGGGUAUGGGAGACCUCCAUCUAGAGCUGUGUCGAGAUAGGAUCCGGGACGAGUUCAACAUACCAGUGGAGAUGGGCAAGCUGCAUGUAUCGAAGGCUACGUUGACACUCCUCAACAGCAGGUCUAGUCAGGUCACUUACCGUGAGCAUGUGGCUGGCGAGGUGCGGAUGAGCUUCCAUGACGAAACCGGAGGAAGCGGCGUCCACUUGGAUGUGUCCCUCGGGCCUGCUCGUGCUCUACCUAAUGUGUAUGGGGGCGAGAUAGCUGGAGAGGAAGCCUAUGCUAAUGAAGUGGUCUUCUCGAAGGAGAUCGACGGUGGGUCGAUGAAGGUCCACAAUGUCCUUCGAGAGAAGAUAGAGCAGUGGCUGCAGGACAGCUUCCAGUCUGGUCCUAGGCUCUAUGCUGAGUUCGCCGCCACACGGGUGAUCGCCGUCUACUGUCCAUUAGCCAGGCGUGGUUGCUGA